GCCUGCAGUCUUUUCCCCCCAUUCUGAUGCCAUCCAUGGGCAUGAGAAGCCAGCCUAUCAUCUCAGUGUUAUCAGUGGAACACAAGAAGCCCUGCUCGUGAUGUUAUGAUACGAUCCCGUAUGCAUGCAUUGACAGCAUGAUCCUUCGUGUGCAAAAUAUUCCAACAUCGAAUUCCUCCCGAGACUUCCAAGGUUCCUAAAGCAUGCCGCCCGUUGAGUUCCCUCCCCUGGAGGGGCCCAACAGCAAUGCCAAUGACCUCUUCAAAUGGCUCCAAGAGAGUCCGCAGGAAGAACUGGCAUCGUCUGCGCGGGCGUUGUUUGAACAGCUGCUUGCAAAUGCCUCGCAACCUCGAGGUUCCACGUCGGACGCCUGCGUCAAGCUAUGUGGUUUUGUUCAGUUAUGCGCCAAAUCAAGACAAGACCAUUUGAAGUCCUGGGCAUUUUCAGAGAGAACAUGCCAGGACCUGUUCGACUUCUUCAUCGAAUGGAACGAGAAGGACCAGCACAGAUCAAUGAGGCUCGUGCUCGACGUUCUUACAUUGCUGAUCUCUCAGAAUCCACUGCCAGAGGUCAGAGACAUUGUGAAGAUGGAUUUACUGCGCACUAUGGCUUCAGUUAUUGCGAGAAAGUCGACACGCCCGCUCGUUAAAUCCUGCAUUACUGCCUUGAGCCAUCUGCUCACAAAGUCCAUCCUCACCCUUGAAGAUCUGGCGCAAACAUAUCAGUCCGUGCGACCGGAAUUGGCCGAGCAGCCUGCCAUCAUUCUAUGGCAUGAGUGGGUAGUAGAGAUAUUCCGCUGGAUGGAACUUAAUUACGUCUGUCCGGUCGCCGGAAAGUUCCUCGUCAUACUCUUCGGUGGCCUGUACGAUUCCAGUACAUCUAACGGCUACCGUGGGGAGCGAACGCCGGUGCUUGAUCCGCCGACAAUCCGGAAGUGGCUCGAAACAGCCUUGGCUGCCAAUCCGGAAUUGCUUGAGAGUAUCAAGAACUAUUUCUUGGCACCAUUAUUCAAGUCUGAACGCGCUCUGUCCAUUGCCUUGCUGAAAGAGCUCCACCACAUACAACCGGAGGAUGAUACACAUAAUGAUGAGCUAGAUACUGCCGCUCUGCUGCAUCUUGCUGCCCUGGAACUUGGAAAAAAGGCAGCUAUCGUCGAAGAACCUCGUCAAGGCCAAUCGACAGCCACCAGUUCUGUAGAGCUGGACGGAAAGGUUCUGGAGCGGUUCCUAACUCAUAACUCUUACGAUGUUCGGUCUUUCGCCAUGUCUUUAUUGAUAUCCUCUUCGUCUAGUACACGGCCUUACUCAACGAUGACAUUCGAGCUUCUGCGAAAGCACCUCAGAUCAUGUCACGCGGACCCUGAUGCCAAAUUCCGGAAUGAGAUUCUAGGUAUUUCCAAGAACAUGAUCAAAAGACUCAAUGGGGCGAUUUCUACCCUCGAAAAGGACCUAGUUCGCCUGGAAGCCAAGGCCUCAGCAUCUCAAGCCAAGGAAAGAGCAGUCAACACACACAUCAGCAAAGGUGCAAAGGAAAUAGCCAACGCUGGGGAGACUUGGCUGCGCGACACCCUCGCGGCUCAGCAAACAUUCUACACGUGGUAUACACGGUUCCUGCGGCAGGAGCUGGCGCCUACAGCCUCAUACCAGCGGCACAUUACUGCCUUGAAAGCUUUGGUGGCAAUUAUAAAAAUCGGAAAACAAAACUCGAGUGGUCCUGAGCAAAACCUAUACACCGAUUCCCAAUGGAUCCGCAUCAUUCUCGACCUGAUUAUGGACCCAUUCGACGACGUCAGGGAGACCGCCACUAGUUUGCUGAUGCUGUUCCCGCCAGAGUACACGCAAAAAGAAUUCACAGUCAAUGCUACAUUGGCAAAUACCACCCCAUUGGCGAUGUUAUCAGAGUUCACCUCUCGAGCAGCGGCUCAGGCAUCUCGCACUAGUCGUGCAGAUCAUUCAGAUGGAGCCGCUCGUUCCUCCGGCCUUCUGUGUGCCUGGGAGACCACACUCGAGAGACGAUUACCGUUAUUGUCACGGGUGCUGGACACUUUAGAAGCCAAAAUUAGUGGGGCGGAAAAAGACCUGGCCUAUGCAGUCAUGACAGAGCCGGUCCAUGGCGAUUUUGCCGCAGUAAGAUACAUGUGGCAAGUCUUGUCACAAGCUCGGUAUAGUGAAGCUGAGCUGCAGCUCCUCGCCCCGUCCCAGACACGGAUUGUGGGUCUCUGUACACGGAUUUGGGGUGCCGUCAGUCAUGUUUUGUGCGACGAUUCGCCAGAGGGCAAAUUGCUCGAGAACAACGAUGGCCUCGAUAGCAAGGGCUUAUUAAGUUACAGCUUCCGGGCCAUCCACGAGUCCAGCCAGUUGAUGCGCACAAUGGUGGGCAACCUAGGUUUCAGCCGUGCGGCUGGGUUUCUCUUGCCCACGCCCGAGGUGUUCCGGAGAGUAGGCCAUCUGGCCUUCUCGCAGCUUUCUACUCUGAGGCAUAGAGGUGCGUUCUCAAGCGUCUCGCUGAACUUCACUUGCUGCUGUCAGAACGCUCGAAACCCGCAUGUCGCUUCUGGCGAAAACGAAGAAUCUUUGCUAGAGGAAUGGUACAAAGGCGCACUAUCAUGCAUCUAUGCGCAGAGAUCAACAACAAGACGAUCUGCAGGUAUACCAGCUUUAAUCACUGCUAUUCUGGCAUCAAAUGCGGCUAGCCCCUCCUUUGAGCAGGUGAUACGAACGUUGGAGGAGAUAGCCCAGCGACCAGCUUCGGUUUCGGAAACUGAUGGGAGUAACCUCCCUCAGGUUCACGCAUUCAAUUCUCUCAAAGAGGUCUUCAAGACGUCGCUGCUCAGCAAAAAGGCGGAAAGGUUUCUUCCUGGCUGCCUAGCACUGGCGACGAAUAGCCUGAAAGCAGAGGUCUGGGCAAUUAGGAACUGCGCACUCUUGUUACUGCGCAGCCUAAUGGACAGUAUAUUUGGCACCGGAGAAAGCAAGAGUGCUCUGGAGGCCGGAUGGGACGGGAAGACGCUGCGUAUCUCAUACACCAAAUAUCCAUCUCUGCCGCCUAUACUACUGAAUCUUCUGCAGUCUGGACAAUUGGCUAUGGAACCUGGGACCUUGACUUCAAGCUCAGCAGCCGAAUCUGUUUUUCCGGCGCUAGAUAUCAUCCGACGCGCCGGGCCUCCAGAGUCUCACCGCGACGAGCUGUACAAGUUGAUUGUCAGAUACCUGGGGAGCCAACAGUGGCAUGUCCGCGAGAUAGCCGCGCGAACUUUAUGCUCUUUUCUCCUAAACGAACUUUGGCUCUCCUCAGUUCAGCGUCUGCUGGAGGAGUCACGGGGCUCGGCAAACAGGUUGCAUGGGACCUUUCUCACGCUCAAGUUCUUCUUGGAGAGGACAUCCAUGGACAGAAAUGAAGGCCGGCUUCUCGGCCUGACAAUCGUGCCCGAACUUGAUGGAAAGUCUCAGCUUGCAAGGUUUACGGAAGAUAUCAGGACACUAGGACGACUGCUAGAGGAGUACGAGUCGGAUGCCACAAUAUGCUCUGAGGUCUGGGCAGCCUUCAUUGAGGUCCGAACCUUGACCUGGGAGAUCAUUCCUCCUGCCAGUGUUCAUCUGAGCAAAGCUGAGCAAUUAACCCAUGCGAAGAUCGCACAAGGGGGGGCCAGCUUCACCUCUUUAGCACUUCUCGAGCAUCGUUUAGGAAUCAGGUCGUUGCGGGAAGCUGUGGCGCUCACGGGCAUCGAGGGUCUCAAGGCUUGCCUCUUUGAUGCCCUGGACCUGGAUAUAGACACUGCAUGCAUGCUUCUUGAAGCAGUUCCUAAGAUAUGGGGCAAGUCGCGGGCUCAUGAACUCUGCAAGCUGUACUUGGACCUCUGCAAACACACCAAAGUGCCGGAAGCCCGCGCCCAGGCCCUCACGAACCUGACGGAGCUGUUGGACGACCAUAUCUCCCAGGGAAAGCUGCAGGAUGUUCCUUCGCCCAAGGAACUCGAGGCCUUCCAGCAAUGCCUCCUGGACGGCAUCAAUCCGACCCUGGCAAAUGCCGUGCUCCUCGCCUCGGGGCCCGUGAUGGCGAUCCAGACCCUCCCGCACAACGGGCAGUUGUCGUUCUUCAUGUUCGAGCAACGACUACGAACGUGGGGAAAGACCGUCGCGGACGCCCUGCACGACAGCAACACCUUCGACAUGCGCAUGGCGGCCGCCGGCGCCAUCAGGUCCUUCGCAGCAGCCGUGCGGUCGGCCGCCGGCGGCGACGCGGCGUACCUGCCCUUCGUGCUCGCGCUUUAUAACACGCUGGUCGACGACGAUGACGAGAUCCGCGAUGUCGGCGCCGCCGCCGCGGCGCUCAUCACCUCGUCAGACCCACACCCGCAACCCCUCGUCGCGGUCGACGCCGCCGACGCCCUGCUCUCGUGGCUGCAGGGUCGCUUCGGGCACACCAACGAGUUCAAGGCAUAUGUCGCCUGCCGGCUGGUCGGAGACCCAAUCGUCGCGCUCGACAUCGGCGUGCAGGAUCUCAACGCCUGGACGGCGCCCGAGCGGCUGUUCGCCGAGGCGCUCGAGGUGGACGAGAGCUUGUUCGCGGUGGAGGAGCAGAACCUGUUCAUAGAUGAGGUCCGCGAGACGCAGAGGUGGGCGGACGUGUUCAGUGCCCUGCCGCGGGAUUAUGACCAAACAGAAGGUGAUGACGGUGUGGCCGGGAAAGUGCUCGUUAUGGAUAGCUCGCUGGAGGCGCUGAAGAAGUGGGUCGAGCAGGCUCUGGGUGCCCUGGAGGCCCAAGUCGGUCACGAUGAUGGCCCGCUGGGGUGGGCUUCGAAUGCCAAUGCGUUUGCUUUGUGUCAUCGCGUCCUUGUGUGCGGGAAGGUCGUGGCUGAGUUGCUCAGCGAGGAGGGUGCCGGGAUAUCGGCUUCACUGGCGCGGGUGAAGGACAUCGGGCACGCCUCAAGGAUUCAUGGCCUCCUGCUAUCUGCGCUGGACUGAGUCUCGUUGCCGCUGACACAGGGAACUAUUGGUGUGCUGUGCAUGGCGGGAGUUCUGACAUGACUUGGGCAAAAUGCACCUGCUCAAUGUUGUUUUUUUAUUCAAGUAUUCAGGAUUUGUCACAAAAAUGGCCACGAUUCAAAAACUCC